ACCACCUCACUGUUCCCUGGAAGAUAUUCUUCGUAAAAAAAAUCCAAGAUGUUGGGCGACUGAGACGCAAUCACUGGUAUUAUACACACAAUCCCACAUAGACACGAACAAGGAAAACUACAGUGCUAAUAUAAUUCCUGGUUCUACAUCUCGACCUGCGAAGGUGUAUCAAUGAAACGGAGAACUCUUGCGAAAGAAAGUUCUAUUCAGAGCUACAUGUUAGUCCACCGUGGGUGGCGAGAAGCUGGCCGUGAAAUAACCGUGGAUCGAGUUAUUAAUUGACAAAGCCGUCUCCCAACCAGCUGUUUCCAACUGCCUCAGUGCAGCAACCGGUACGACAGGGAAACAAAUCGAUGUCGGAUUCCUAACUCAAUCAGCCUGUCACACCGUCCAUGUGCGAACGGGUCGGACAGAUGACCAGAAUGGUCAUUCAGCGUUCACUGCCCAUCACCACUCCACCACAGCCUCAACCUGAUCGUAUCCAGUAUCCCUCGAGGAGUAUCCGCGACAACAUUGUAGUCCUCAGUUGAAGCCGGGGACAGCUGAUAGACAGCAUAGCCUACUUUCUGUUUACACUUAUCAGCUUUGUAUAAAUGUUCAACUUCGUCAUCUUCUCUUCACCCCAUCCGAUUCCAGAUCUACCUGUCCAGGAUUCGCACCGGCUACCGCCAGAUCAAUUCGUUGAGGCAUCCAAACAGAAAUCGCCUAAGUAACGACAGAACGCAUGAAGCGACGAAGAGGAAGGUAAGAUCGCUACCAUCACCACAGCACACAAAAGGAGCUGGAUUCCCUAUCGUGUUUGUCUGAGACUGGAUCAAGACGUUUUAUGUAAAGCGCCAACUCUCCUCGCUUGAAGAGCCAUCAAGUACAAGCUGUACCCAUACUGUGUACGCCAUGCAGGUUGUGUACAGCGGCGGGUCGUCGACACCCACCCCCUCCCCAAGGCUGCAAAGGAAAGCUUACCAAGGGGGGUAUGGUCGGCCGGUGCUCCCGGGGUAUAUUGUGGGACCCCCACCCUCUGUUAUGCUUCACAGGUCAAAGGAGAAAUUAACUGAAGGAGACACUAGUCUUAGGGACUCAAUUCCUGCCAUGUCGAAGCCAGUUGCAGUUUUCUGUUUAGUGUUGAAUGUCUUUAUUCCUGGAAUGGGGACGUUUAUUUCUGGUGUCAGUGUGUUAUGCUGCUCCGAAGUACGACCCAAAGGCGCCAGUCGACGUAACGUGGUGUGGGUAAACGCCGGCGUCGCUCUGCUGCAGUUUCUCACGACGUUUUUGUUCCUGCUGGGCUGGAUAUGGAGCAUAACAUGGGGGGCAGCAUUCCUGACAAUUGCAAAAGAAUAUGGUAAAUCAAAAGAAGUGCAACACACACAUACAAUAAAAAUAUCUCCCAAGCACGAAAGAAACUAUCAAGAAGCAUCCACAAGCCGCGACACCCUAACACCCAGUAGCAAUGGAACCGUAAAACAUGGAGACGAUAUGUAUUUAAGCCCAAGUGCAGCCAGCCAUCCGCAGCCAAUGAUUACACUUCAACAACCCCCUCUCUUGAACCAUUCCGUGGAGAAAAUCUCCCCCUCGCGACCUUUAAUGAACGCCCGAACAAGGCAUCAAAAAAUUCUUCAAAGGCAGAUGUCUGAAAAUCAGUUGUCUCCUUUUACGUUGACCAAUGAAAAACUGGAGGCUAUUGUCAUACACGACAUUGUCCCAAGACCCACACGUGCUGCUGCUGUUCAAAGGACAGAGACAGUUGAAAGUGUUGAAUCCAUCUCGGAUUCAGAAGAUCCAGCUGGAAAGUCGUGACGAGGAAUACGCAGGUGGAACAAAGACACUCUCCAUUGUGGUACCUCUCUGCUCACGAUUUUUUAUACAUAGUUAUACAUGGCCUUUCACUCACAACAUUACCAGAGAGUUUUGGUCUCUUUUUUUUCCAGAUAUUGUUUUAUUUUGAAAUAUGCCUAUGUUUGUAUGAUGAUAUAUUUUUUCGUUAAAGGAAUAGAUCCAGAUGGGGAAUGUUAGGGACAAGCUGAAGUCAUUUAAAGUAAGAUGUUUGGGUUCGCUGAUCAAAGUACCCACAGAAUUAAUAAACGGUAAGAACACGAAACAAGAUGGAACAUUUGCAUUUAUGACCAAGAUGACUGUUCUUUAUUAAAAAUGACAAAUAUAUUUAAUAAUUUCACUAACAAAAUAAGAAAUAUGCAAUGCGUUGAGAAGAAAGUAUUAAUCGACCAUUGGAAUUGCUUGAACUAAAUAUUAUGAUCACAUCUUUGGCUUGGUCAAUAUUGAAGUAACUAUUUCCUUGACUACCACGCUUCUGAUGAGCCAACUGUACCUUGACCUUCGCUCUCUGCCGGUAGUAAAUGACAUUCUCACCUCUUUCGCGAUGAUGUCACUGUAACUUACAAUAAUUUGUUAAUGUUCGUAAUAUAAUUCGUCGCUUCCAUUUUAUUUUGAUUCUUUGUCCUAGGACAGAGAUGCGACUGUGAAUAUUCUUAGAAUCUCUGAUUAAUGUUUAUGGCACUUAUUAAACGAGGACCUCGGACCCCCGGUGUAUAUAAAUGUGAACAGUGCUUCUACCUACCCCUGUAUGGUAAUGGUAGCAAUAAAACCAUCUGAACAUGUCAUAAUUGCAGAUAAAUCUUAUACUCACGUGAUACAAAUAAUAUUAUGACGAUAUUCUUAUCAAUGUGUCACUUGUAUAUUAUCAGAAUGCCAUCAUUCAUUCACCUUGUCAUGACAGGUUUGGGUAUGUAAACAGCCGGGAAAAGAACAUAUUUCGAUUUGGCCUCAAAUACAAACGUUAUCAAAACGUCCCGAAACACUGCAAACUUAAGGUCAAAAGCACAUCUAUCAUAUCCGUGUCAAAUACAUCAACAUUGAAUAACCA